CCGUUCGCCCAGCCCCUGCUCGGGGCCGCCGCGGCGCACUCGGAGUCGAAGCCGGAGCCCCUGCAGCGUGCGGCGGCGCGUCCCUCCGGCGCACGACCCUGGCCGUUCCGCUGGCGCCGGGCGCGCCCUCCGCUCCCCUCCGCUCCCCUCCGGGCCGGCGCCGUCCUCGGGCUGCACCUGAUUUGCGUGGCGAGCGGCUCCGCGGCCACCCGCGCUUCCCUGCCUCUCCCUGCCCAGUCACCGCGGGCGUCCGUUCCGGGAGCCCCUCGCUGGACGCCUCCGUGGGCCGUCAGCGCCCUGAGGACGGGGCCGGGAAUGAACCUCCCGGCUCUACCGCCGCGUCUCCAUUGGCGGAGAAGGGAGGAGCGAGGCGGGUUUGCGGGGCGGAGGGCUGCUCGCGGGGAGGCGCGGAAGGACUCCAGGGGGGACCCGGUCGUCUCAGGGAAGCAGCAGCUCGCCGCUCGGUCGGUCGGGGACACUGUUGAGGGUUUUAUGUCGCCCGUGGCGGGGAAGCUUGCGAGGCAGCGGAGCAGACGGCGUCGGAGCUGGGCUUUGCGAACCUAGCAGCUGUCGCUACCAGUGGAGAACGGCCGGGAGGGCGUGAGGCAGGGAAGAAACGGGGAGGCCUGGCUAAGAGAAAUGCUGUCCAGGCGCGGUGGUGGCUUAGAGACUGGCCACGCAGCCCUCCCGCAGGCUGCUUUGCAGAUCCGGGGCUCCCGAGCACGAGCCCUGCCAGACAGGGCCCUGGUGAACUGUCAGUAUAGUUCUGCGACCUUCAGCACAGGUGAACGCAAGCGGCGACCCCAUGGGGACCGUAAGUCCUGUGAGAUGGGCCUGCAGCUGCGCCAGACCUUCGAGGCGGCCAUCCUCACACAGCUGCACCCACGCUCCCAGAUUGAUAUUUACGUGCAGGUGCUGCAAGCAGAUGGCGGGACCUACGCAGCUUGUGUGAACGCAGCCACGCUGGCAGUGCUGGACGCUGGAGUACCCAUGCGGGACUUUGUGUGCGCCUGCACCGCUGGCUUUGUGGACAGCACAGCCCUGGCGGACCUCAGCCAUGUGGAAGAGGCCGCUGGCGGUCCCCAGCUGGCCCUGGCCUUGCUGCCGGCCUCAGGCCAGAUUGCGCUGCUUGAAAUGGAUGCCAGGCUCCACGAGGACCACCUAGAGUCGGUGCUGGAGGCCGCUGCCCGGGCUGCCCGGGAUGUGCACACACUGCUGGACCGUGUGGUUCGACAGCAUGUCCUUGAGGCCUCUGUUUUGUUAGGGGACUGAACAUCUGCACCCCCGCCCCCCGUUCCAGAAUAAAACCCACACACAGUGUGCUGAA